AUGCGCUUCUUCAUCAUCGCCGCAGCUCUCGCUGUCUCGCUCGUCUCGGCCGCCAGCGCGCCUCGUGCCGCUGAUGCGCCCUUCGCUGCCCGCCAGGUCACUCGCGCGCAAGUCGUCCGCCGUCAUGCCAACAAGGGCAUGCGCAAGCGUCAAUCCCUUCCAUCUGGCGGGGUGUACCCAACCUGCGCUGGCUCCCCAGCUACCGGCUCGACCUCAUACGCUGUAAUCCAAGGUGUACAGGUUACGUCUGCUAAUCCUAAUCGCCCCCUUGUCACGCUCGAAUCAUUGAACACGGGCAGCGCUCUGGACUGCACCAGGAGGUGCAUCGACAACACGAACUGCCUCUCCACUUUCUACGACUCGUCUGUCACAAACGGAGGCGUCAACUGCAUUCUGUACGACUACUACGAUAGCGCUUUGCAGAACGCCGACGCAACUUCGACCUACGCCUUCCAGACUUGCACACAGUGGAGCACCACCUACGCGGCUGGAGCUGAUGUCACUUGCUGUAACUACAACGCCGCUUAG